AAGGGUGUUGGGGAAGAGCAUGGCACUGCCAAGGGCAGCCCACGGGGCCGAGGCACAGCCCGUGAGGGCACGGCACGGGGCCGGGGUAGCUAGCUGGCUGCUGUGCGGCGCAGCUCCCGUUCCUCCUCCUCCUUCACCCGCAAUCCAGCGAGCCACAGCGGCGGUAUCGACCGGCCAGGCUCCCCCGGAGCCGGUUCUCCCUGUUCGCACUCUGCGCCUGCUUGCUCUCCCGGCUGUGGCCGCUCCAUCUUCCCUGUCCCGGACUGAGCCCGCUUUCCCUCCCCGACAGGGAAAGGCAGCAGAGGGGCUGGGCCCCUUGCGUCGGGAACCGGCUUCUCGGAGCUAUGCAGGGAGGCGGACAUCACGGCGAUAAGCAUUUGCGGAGUGAGGGAUGGGCGGAAAUGUUCCUGCUUAUCACUCAUGCACCCUCCCUGCCCUGGGUGAAGCAUCCUCCCUUCAUCCCCCCUUUCCCGGCGCUUCUAGGCUCUCUGUAUGGAAAUCACGAGAUGGCUCGGUGGAAAAAUCUCUUGUCCUCGCAUAGCGGCUCCAGAGUGUGUGCUGAAUUUCAAGGUGUGUGUGUGGGAGGGGAAGGCAGCGACAGCAUUUAUGGAGCUUGGUGCCCCCUCCCCUACAUAUGUGCUGUAAGCAGCCACUCGCGUUUAUGGCUAAUAAAAACGUAUUUCCUUAUGUAUAGCUAGGCUGAGAGCUUGGUACUAGUAAACUGAAAGCCCAUCCGUGUCAGGGAAUGGCCUGCAGAAGCUUUGGCAUCCCUGCAUGUAUGACACACCAUGCUUCCUAUGAUUACAGUGACCAUAUAGACUAUGUGAUGUAUAUACUUUGGACAAUAUGGAGUAACCAUCAGUAAUACACCAGCACUUGUCCAUUGUGCUACGUGGGGUCUUUAAAAGAGACUGUAAUUGCUAUUGAGCUUUUUGACCAAGGUUUUUGUCUUCUCUCAGUUACCUGUCUAAGCUCCAGUGUGAAGCAUUCCGAUACAUUUGCAGUUCUGUCAGUUUUAUGUUUCCAGAAUCUGUUGUGAGAGCAAUCUUCAGCAACUGAAGAAACCCAAGAUUACCCUGGCAUCACAUUGGUUUGUUCCUGUCAGCAUGGUUUUUUAUAUAUAUAUGCACACAUAUAUAUAUAUCUUUUACUAAAGAAUUGUGGAGUGGUCUGGUAUUACCAAUGAUUCAGCAUGCUUUAAUUUUGAUUGUCUUUUUGUUUUACAGCAGAGGAGAGAAAAGGACCAAAGGAAGGAUAUUAUGGUUAGUAAAGAAAAAAAUGCAGUGUUCAAGUGUAGUAGCUGUUGCAUAUGUAUGAUUCAUUAUGCAGUUAUAAAAAUGAAAGGCUUACCAUCUUGCCUCUUUGCCUUAGAAUACAAUUUCUCUUGCAGCAACAAGUAGCACAGGCUCCUCUUCCCCUCUUUCCUCCCGCUCCCACCUUCAGCCCAUCCUGACAAAAUGCCAGUUACAAAGGUCAGCCUGUUUAUGUAAAGAUCACUGUGCUUCUUGACAAAGACUGCUGCACAUGAAGCCUGCAAUGACUGUCAAACAGAAUUUUGGAUUCAAGACACUCAAUAAGAGUACUGUCCAUUUUCUAGAACUGACAGAAUCCCAGAAAAACAAAAGACAAAGAGACAUAUUGUGUGAAUGGGAUAGAUCAACAGUGCCAGAGUGCACAUGGGCAGCAAUAUCUUCAUAGCAGUGUUUGUUACUGAAGAUGCUAGCAAGAUCCAAUGGACCUUUAUAUAUGUGUGUGCAUGUGUGGAUAU